AUGGAGAAGAAAAUACUUCUAGAAGAACUUCUUUUGAAAUCACAACAGAAGAAAAAAAUAUCACCAAUUAAUUACAAGAAAAGGUUGUUUGUUCUGACAAAAGCAAACCUUUCUUACUAUGAAUAUGACAAAGGGAAAAAAAAAAAAAGAAGCAAAAGGGAGUCAAUUGAGAUUAAGAAAAUCCAAUGCAUUGAGACAGUGAAUCUUGAGGAAUCAACAUCUCCUGGGAGACAAUAUCCUUUUCAGAUUGUGUACAAAGGUGGACUUCUCUACGUCUAUGCCACCAAUGAAGAGAGCCGGGAGAGGUGGCUCACAGCUUUGCAUAAAGGACUAAGACAGAAGUCUGGAAGCCCGCCUCAGGUGCUGUCAACAGACAAGUCAGUCCUGAAUACGGCUGUGGCCCAAUGCAACUAUGAACCCGAAGGAAAUUCAGCUAUCCAACUUGUUAGAAGCAAUAAAUACUACAUGUUAGAAGAGGAAGAUUGUGACUUGUGGAAAGUAAGGGAUUUAGAAGGGAAUGAAGGUUUUGUACCUAACAUUUACUUGAGAAAGUUAUCUCUGGAUGAAGAUGAACCAAGGGAAAACUCCAGUGUCAGUGAACAGACAUUGGCAGAAGAGCAGAGCAUUGCUAAGCAUGAUUGGUAUGCUGGAAACAUCUUCCGUGCCCAGUCCGAGCAGCUGCUCCGUCUGAAGGAAAAAGAAGGUGGUUUUAUGGUUCGGAAAUCGAGCCAAGCAGGAAUGUAUACUGUGUCUGUAUUCUGCAAGGUUCCUGAGUGAAAAUAAAAAAGAACAGUGAAGCGCUACCACAUAUGCAAAACCCCUGAGGACAAGUAUUACCUCAUUGAAAAUUACUGUUUUGAAUCAAUUCUGAAGGUUAUACACUACCAUCAGCACAACUCUGCGGGUAUGGUGACAAGACUCCGGCAUGUAGUGUCUACACAUGCAAACAAAGUCCCAGAAACAGCUUUAUUAGGAAAUGGUGUUUGGGAGCUGAAACAAGAAGAAAUUGUCCUGUUGAGAGAGCUAGGGAGUGGUCAGUUUGGAGUGGUGCAUCUGGGAAAGUGGAAGGGACAAUAUGAUGUGGCCAUAAAGAUGAUUAAAGAAGGAGCAAUGUCAGAAGAUGAAUUCAUAGAAGAAGCUCAAACCAUGAUGAAACUUAAUCAUCCUAAAUUUGUUAGAUUGUAUGAUAUAUGCUCAAAAUCAUAUCCCAUCUAUGUAGUGACAGAAUAUAUGCCCAAUGGAUGUUUGCUUGUCUACCUAAGGAAUCACGGGAAGGAACUACAACCCCUUCAGCUUCUGGAAAUAUGUUACGAUGUUUGUGACACUAUGGCACUUCUGGACAGCUGUCAGUUCAUACACAGAGAUUUGGCUGCUAGGAACUGUUUGGUUGACAGCAGUCUUACUGUGAAAGUAUCUGACUUUGGGAUGACCAGGUAUGUUCUAGAUGACCUGUAUGUAAGUUCACUAGGAACUAAGUUUCCAGUGAAGUGGUCAGCACCAGAAGUUUUUCAUUACACCAAAUUUAGCAGCAAGUCAGAUGUAUGGGCCUUUGGUAUUAUCUUAAUGCGGGAGAUGUUCACUUUGGGAAAGCAGCCCUAUGAGUGUUAUGAUAACAUGCAGGUGAUUAAGAAAGUUUCUCAAGGAUACAGACUUUAUAGACCACAACAAGUUUCAGAUAUCACCUACCAGAUAACGUGCAACUGCUGGCACGAGCUACGAGAAAAGCCCCCUGCCUUUUAUCAGCUCUUAUCAUGUUUUGAGGCAUUGAGGGAAGACAACACAGCUUGA